AUGGAAAGACGUGAGCCCAGCGUAGCUCGAAGCAGUCGUCCGCCUGUCUACCCCCGCUGCGGCCAGAGUCAAGGUCUAGUCCCGGCCGCAAGCAGUCGCAUGGGAUCGCCGAAGCCCUCAGCCUCGCCUCCAGCCCCUUCUCGGAGAAUGGUGACGCGGCGCCACAGCGAAGACGACGAGACGGCGUUUCCGACGGCUCUGCCGCCCAUCGAUGUAUCGGAGAGGAUCGCGCUCGUCCCAGCACCGAGGCGGCCCUUGCGAGUCGCAGCGCUGGCCACCAGCCGCCGACAGCCGCUACCGAAGCCCAGGGAACGCCGCGAAAGUGCCUGUGGCCUCCAGCAGCCUUCGGUAGCCACGGGCUCGCCGAAGAAGUGCGCCGUGCCACGUCAACGCCCCGAAGGUUGGUUUCGGAAGGACAUGGGCGACUCGAUGUAUGUCGCUGUGCCGGCGCGAGACGCCGUCGAAGUAGACAAGUCCACGGCGGCUCUGCUGAAAGGUGCCAUCGCUGAGGACCGGCACGGCUCGCCAGCGACGGGAGAAGCAGAAGAAGCGUUGCCGAACGCAGCUGCAGCAGCGCCCGUACCAGCAAGCAGGGCUCCUGGGCGUCCGCAAGUCACCGCCGAGAGACGCGGUACGCGACCCGUACCCAGAAGCGGCGUUCAGGUGUACGUGGAGCUCCGAAAACCAGACAAAGAAAAGCGUGGGGAUAAACGCGUCGGCUUAAGAACCGGUUUCCCGCGCAGUCAAAGCCCGAUAAACGAGGAUCCCGAAACGCCCGCGCGUCACAGUGGCGCCAUCUCAGAAGUGUCACUUACGGUGGACACCGGUAUUCAACACCAACGCAGGACGUCGCUACUGAAGAACAUAUCGACCAGCAUAAGUGCCGCCUUGGGCAGGUUUUUUCACAAGGGCGCUGGGGCAGAACAAGUGCAGCCAGCUCCCCGUUCUGGCCAAGCUACGCGAACGGAGUGGAAUGACGACAUUGAAGCUGCUCUCAACGUCGGAUUGGUCGCCAACGAUGAAACCAAAACCACAGGUCAACGAGGUGAAAGCAAUGUCCGCUCCCGCUAUUACCGGGAUCGCUGCGAAGGCCUGGCAGCUUCUGGCAUAUCCUUGACGCAAAUCGUCAGCGUCACGAGGCGAACUGAAGCGAGAAAACCACUGGCGCCCAGACAUAUGGACAAGCAACAACAGCCGCCGAGGAGAGGCAAGGCAGAGCCUGAGCAAAGCCAUGCGAAGCUACUCGAGGUGGCGGAGCUUUCAGCUAAACCGUCAUACCACGCGGACAAGCAACACACACUGAAAGAAGCCAAGGCAGAGCCCAUGGAAAGCUAUUCAGAUCUACCUGAGGUGAAGGAAUUGCCUCCUGAACUACCAUACCACUCGGACGGUGAACAGCCACCCAGAAGAGUCAAGGGAGAGCCUGAGGAACGCUCUGCAGAAGUACCCGAGGUGCCUACCGAAGUUAGCGGAAUGUCUUCCUCAACAAAAGGAAGACGAGCAUCGGAAGGUAGCGCAAAGGGAAGAGGCAAGAAUAAACGCAAGAAAUCUGCGUCAGCAAUUGACGUCAUUGAAAAGACCAUUACUGAGGACACAGAAAAGUCUGAACUGAAAACCAAGGACAAGCCAGGGCGAAGAGGAUCGAAAAAGGACGACGAAGUUACCGAAAUGUCUUCCGGAACGAAAGGUAGACGAGCAUCGGAAGGUGGCUCAAAGGGAAGAGGGAAGAAUAAACGCAAGAAGUCUGCGUCAACAAUUGACGUCAUCGAGAAGACCAUUAUUGAGGACAGUGAAAAGUCUGAAUUGAAAACCAAGGGCAAGCCAGAGCGAAUAGCAUCGAAAAAGGAUGACGAAGUUACCGAAAUGUCUUCCGGAACGAAAGGUAGACGAGCAUCGCAAGGUGGCUCAAAGGGAAGAGGGAAGAAUAAACGCAAGAAAUCUGCGUCAGCAAUUGACGUCAUUGAGAAGACCAUUACUGAGGACACUGAGAAGUCUGAACUGAAAACCAAGGGCAAGCCAGAGCGAAGAGGAUCGAAAAAGGACGACGAAGUUACCGAAAUGUCUUCCGGAACGAAAGAUAGACGAGCAUCGGAAGGUGGUUCAAAGGGAGAAGGGAAGAGUAAACGCAAGAAAUCUGCGUCAACAAUUGACGUCACCGAGAAGACCAUUAUUGAGGACACUGAAAAGUCUGAACUCAAAGCCAAGGGCAAGCCAGGGCGAAGAGCGUCGAAUAAAAACGACGAAGUUACCGAAACGUCUUCCGGAACGAAAGGUAGACGAGCAUCGGAAGGCGGCCCAAAGGGACGAGAGAAGACUAAACGCAAGAAAUCUGCGUCAACAAUUGACGUCAUCGGGAAGACCAUUAUUGAGGACACUGAAAAGUCUGAACUGAAAACCAAGGGCAAGCCAGGGCGAAGAGGGUCGAAAAAGAACGAUGAAGUUACGGAAAUGUCUUCCGGAACGAAAGGUAGACGAGCAUCGGAAGGCGCUGAAGGGAGCAGGCGAAAAAAGAAACGCAAGAAAUCGGCAUCAGCAAUUGAUGUCACCGAAAAGACUACUGUAGAGGUCAUUGAUAAGUCUGAACUGGAAACGAAGAGAAGGCCAGGCCGAAAAGGAUCCAAAAAGGAUGACGAAUUCACUGAAACGUCUACCGGAGUGAAAGGUAGACAAACAUCAGAAGGCGGUGAGAGGGACGGACGAAAGACGAAGCGCAAGAAGUCUGCAGCAUCAAGUGAGCUCACUGAGCAGGCGAUCGAAGAAGGCAACGAUAAGUCGGAGAUGGGAAGCAGGGGAAAGUCGAAACGAAAGAGCUCUACAGUACAGGGGCCUGGUAGGAAGGCGUCACUGAAGAAGGAAGAAAUUACCGAACUGACGUCCGGGGCACCUGGAGCGUCUGGCGCAUUGGAAGGAGGCAGAAAGAGGUCGGAUAAAAGAGAUCGCAAGGAGUCCACCCCAGGGGGUGACGUCACCGAGAAAAAUGUUGCCGAUGAAACUGAGCAGUCGUCGCUUCGAACAACCGGGAUGUCGAGAAGAAAGAGCUCUGCACUGGACAAACGGGAGAAGGAACCGAGUGGAAAGGUAUCCGAGAAGAAAGGCGACGUCGAAGAGGCCGGGAAAAGCGAAGCGAACGGAAAUGAUCGAGAACGGCGUAUUUCCAGGACAGGAAAAGCGAUCGAGCGGAAACACGACGCGGAAGAGGCCGGUAGUCCGGAUUCAAAGGUGGUAGUUCCGUCGAAACUUCCCGGAGACAGAAAGAAAUCAUCUCCGGAAAGAGAUACGGCCGAGGACGGCGCCAGCCAGGAGCGUCCCGUUGUAAAAAAGAGAAGACCCUCGCAAGCGGGGCUGCUCAACGGCACUGAAGAGGCGGGUGCGAGAAAUAUAGCUUUGCUGAGCCCUCCGACAAUGCCAGAUAAGGAGACGAGGGCGGAAAAGAGGCGCUCCUCGUGUCAGGCGCGGCUGCCUGUAGUCGUAGAGGGGCAGAGAGAUGACAAGAAAGACAGCGCUGAGAGCAGCGCAUCUGAGGGCAAACGAAAGAAGCGCCGGCGCAGCAAAGGCGAACGUAGUGCAGAAUCGGACGUCACUGGGGAAAAGCGGGAAGAUUCUGCAAUUGUGCAAGAUGUGGGACGCACUACCGGAAGUAAAACGUCACUUGGAGGUAGGAGAGCGUCCACAAAGAAACGGCCCUCGAAAUCCAAGCGGAAGCAAUCAGGGGCCUUCAAGUCGCGCGACGAGAGUUCUCGUGAUGCGGAAAAGCAGCUUGCGGCGACCAAGGAGAUGGAGCAGCCUUUAGCAUCGGGUCAAGAUGUUGCGCAGACGUUAGUGGUACGCGAAGAGGCAGCUCUCGUGGCUUUGCCUGUCGACGGAGCCUUGUUGCCGCUAAAAUCAAACGAGCGCAGCACAGCCGCUGACAAGGAAGCCGAUGCCGUCGUACGGGAACGUCAGGUACAGUCUCCCGCCACUGCCGAAGCAACCGCAGCUGAACCGGGUACGGCUCCACCGUCUUUGCAGCCUGGUGCAGUGUCGCAGGAGCGGCGCCGAAGUACGCAAGGAGGCCAAGUUGGCGCCGAUAAGGACUUGGAGCUGGAGGGACUCGACGGAAGCUUGCAGGGAGGUCCUAGCAAGGUGCCUGCUCCGGAAGCUGAUGACGGCGAGCCCAGUCGUCGGUGUAAGCUUUCGUCGGAGAAGGAAACUAAGGACGCUAAUGACAACGGCAAGACGGGGCCACUGGUGCCUUCGCAAGAGUCUGGCCCGCCUGGAGGAGGAAAGCAAGAUGAUGUGCACUUGCCCGUGACGGUGACCGAGGACAAGGAUAAUCGCCUUAAAGAAAAGGGGAGAGAUGACGUGGCGGGUGAUGGAAAAUCUCGAAAAGCUGAGAGCGAAGGCAAGGACCCACGCUGGCUUCGAAUGAGCGGAGACAGUCCGGAAGAAGGCGGUCACCCGACGCGCGACAAUCGUCGAAGGACCUCCCAGAAGUCACCAAGACGCUCUCGGACGCACCCGAACCUAAAUCGGCUCCCGCGGUAA